CGAUUACCCUCGGGUAUAGUGACGGGGUGUCAAGUGCGGUGGCUGAGGUUGGUUCCUCUUCUGCUUCUAUUAUAGGGUUUAUACAUUUAACCGUGACUCUUUUAGAAGUUUUCGUAAAUUUAACUGAUAAUAAACUGAUAAAUUCUGAUAUUUGAUUUUGCUUUUGCCGGCCAUUCGAUUUUAUCAUACAUUUUGACACUAACCAUACAGUAUGUAGAUGUGCCAUUUCAUACAACGAAAGCGUCAAUUUUCAAUUGGAAUAAGUUCAAAAAUAUUUAGAAAAAUGACGAGCAAAACUAAGAAAACCAGCGCUGGCAUUGGCGGUGCCGCUGCCCGCUCAAAGCAGGCCAGACAGCAGUCCGAGGACUCUCAGGACUAUAGCUCUUUCAAAACAGUGAUCUUCUAUUGGAUGCUAAUUGUGUUCCUACCUGUGAUCACAUUCUUUCUGUUAAAGGCCGUCGUUUUGGAUGGCUCCUUCGGAAUGAGCGAGUUGAAAGUUAACAUUUCCUCGGCGGUCGGUGCCAUGGUGGCCUUACACAUUGCUCUGGGACUGUUUAUCUACCGCGCCUACUUUGAAGGCUCCGGCUCCAAGGCAUCGAAGGUCGACUAAGCUUCAUCGAGGACGUUCACCAUUUGCAUUUUUGUUCUAGAAAGUAUUAAGUCAAACGAAACACUUUUGUACAUACACAUACAAUGUUUAUAUGCCCGACAGUUAUAUGCAUAACUCUCGAUAGCAGCGGGAAAAACGUUCAACCCACUUUGUUGUCUAGUGUUUUUUGUCUCUAAUUUUGCAUUAAAAAAGACAUUAUUAAGU